AGGGUCUUUGUGGCGGCGACGAGAAUAGGCGCCAAGAACGCUUUCGCGCCUUCGACGAUCUACAUCCUAUCCAGUGUGAGACCAACGUUCCCGCUUUUUGGGCGACCGUUAUUUAAAGAAAAAAAGGAAAUGUAUGGAUCUGGAAAAAGGCCACCCGAGCGACGAAACCGGUCAGACAUGAAUGGAUCUACUUACGAUUCUUACGACGUGAGCACCUCCCAACCCACUUUCGCCUCGCAAGGUGUGCCGCAGUGCUAUAAACUUCGGAUGGUCAAUAUCAUUGGCUUGGUCAGACAUCCCUUCAGUUUCUCCUGUUCUGAAAAGUUUCUGCUUGGCUUCGGUCUUUUGUCGUCUGUGGUUGCUCUGGGGUUCACGGUGCAAAGGCUUACGAAACUGCCCCGGUGGUCCGAUGACUUCACCUUCACCUUGAUGACCCUAAUUCCUAUUCUUUUCAACGCCUGGUUCAUCAUCAGCGGCAUUGUGAAGGCACGGUUCCAGGACAUCAUAGCCUUCAUUUUAAGUUUUGCCAUCAUGACGUUCUACCUGGGCAUCAGCGUCUUCUCUUCCCACGAAACCGAUCCUGACCCUCUUCUGAAAAAGGUACGCUUUGGCUUGGCCGUAGCUUCCUUCGUCGUGGUCUUGCUCUUCGGCGGCUACAGUGCUUGGGACUACUAUGUAAGACGGGAGUACAUCUACCGCAUCAACGCGAAGGGGGAGAUGCAGAGCAAAUUAUGUCGUCUCUUCUGGUGCUCCAGCUUCAUCAGCUUCGACUUGGAAGUCCAGGUGAGCAUGAUUAUCCUUGUGAUGGACGAGGGCAUGAUGUGGAACGAGGUCGACAUCAUCGUCAUCGUCGUUGGACUCCUCAUUCUUAUCGCUUGGGCCGUCGCCGGCUUCAAGGCUAUAUAUCUCGAGAGUGACAAAUAUUUUUGGAUAUUUAUGUCUUUGCUGUGGCCCAACGCUGUCUACAACGUCUGGAGAAUUGUUUCGAUCUACAGAGAGCGACCAAUGGAAGCAUGGAACAUCCUUCGCCACGCUGUUCUGGGGUGUGGCGUCAUAGCCCUUCUGACACGACUAACAAUUGGCAUCUCAAUGUGCGUGUUUAAACGCGACUUUGGCAAGGGAGUGAAAGAAAAGUUGGCCCAAUUUAGGGAGCCAAGGGAAGACGAAGCUGCCCCUUUAACCACCAUUCAAGAUAAUGUCUGAUUCACCUUGGACGUUGACCUCCUGCCGGCCACUUUAUAUAAUGACCUGAGUAGAGCGGCCUGGUGCGCUAUUGUCAAUAAGAUUUCAUCUCUGACGGACGCGUGCACGUCGUUAGACGGUGAUGGAAAAAUCUCGUCGAAAUCAAUCAUUAGGGCUUUGAGCCGACUUUGAAUUUUGUGCCUAUUAAGCGGUGAAGUUUAGUGACUUAAUUAUUUGGUUGAUCGGUCUAGGUCGAGUAUAAACGUUGUUACUGGUUUGUUUUAAAAAUCACCCUCCUCACUAUACACCUUUAUCAAUAAUUUUCUCACUCGUCACAAAGUCAGUGAUUUCUGCACUGGGUUGUUACUAAACUACGUGAUCGACAUGUUAGUAGAAUCAUUUUACUGCCGAAAUUUCCGUGCCUUGUCACUGUCAUGUUCUUAUAAGUGUUCAUGCAUUAUUUUGAAUUUUACCUUUACUUAGCUCUACUGAGAAGCAUUUUUCACUUGCCGCAAAAUCUCGUCGCUGCAUUUCAGAUAUUAUUGAAAGUUUGUUCUCUAUACUCAAGCUACACAUUUUAGAAGAUUUUCGAAUUUUAAGUUGCGGCAGAACACGCAACCUAAACUUGCUCAUAGUUUUUUUUUUCCAUUGCGACGCGACAACGUACCACUUGCAGAAUCUAAUACGGUAGCCAUGCGCCAGGUAGGUUCCCAGUUAAUCUUACUUUCUUUAUCCACAUUGUUAAGGCGCUAAUUCCGCCGCGCCAAAUAAUAUAAGCGCAGUAUUUUUAGUUUUAAUGAUAACUGCCUAAAAUGGACCCAAGACGAUCACUAUUUUAGAACAUGCUUUAGACGUUUCAUAACUUGUUUUGGACACUUACAUUGUCAUGUAUUCUAAACAUUUGCCUUUUAAAACCGCAAAACCAUCAAAAAGCCAUUGCAAACCUUGGGUUGCAACAAACCGCCUUACUAUGAAAAAGCUAUGAUAUUGGUGGAUGGAAAUUUACAACGGUGUUAAAAUCAUAAAGAAUUGAACCCAACUUGUAUGAAUUUUAAACUUUAAAUCAGAUAUAUUAAAGAAAAGAACGAAUAAUGGGUGGAUUCUAAGGGAAGGCAAUAUUUUCCCCAGGUUGUCGUAUCGGCUGCCGGCCAAAUACUCACGUCCUUAAAAUAAUGAGGAUUUUUGUAUCGUCUAAAAUAUGACCGCAUUGUUUGUGAACUGAUCGCCUAAAUAUAGCGUGAUGUUCUUCAAUUCUCCUGAGCAUGGCUGGUCCAACACCCGAGCUAAAAGCAACCACCAGAUGGCACCAAUAUAUGUGCACCUUUGCAGCGAGGUAAUCACUCCACUUCAAAAGGGACUUAUUCUGGUUUCAGGGGCUCGAUAUAACCCAGGAGAGCUGGGAAACCUGAACAACUGUCUUGUACGAGAGGCACGUGAAUAACUAAUAGACAUUGUGCUGAAGGGUGCACUGAAACGAAAUUGUCGCAUCUAUUUUAUUGUCUAAACGUCAACCAUGUUCUGGCAAGACGACAUAGACACAUUCUUUAUGGUCAAAAAAGAUUCUGAAGCUUUAUUUAACACGAAUAAACCGAGUACCAAAUUGCAUCUGCUGCAUCUCCCCAAAGCUACCACACAUGUUGUUACGCCCCCCUUCCUAUGAAAGCAGCGCGCUGCUCCAUGGAAGUACGUUUGCGAAAAGCGUGCUUGUACUCCUUGUCCAACUUGGACGAACCUUCUUUCCAUCUCAACCUGGUUUCCCACCUCUCCCGUGCAUAGUCAAGCUCUGCGGGGAGAGGAAAGUCUGAAGCAUCUUGAACGCCCACACGCCAGCCUCUCUUUAUAGCCUUGCCGGUGAAGGGAAAUGUGAUGUCUCGAACGCGCUGGAGGUGCCGAAUCUCUCGAGAUGCAUCGCGAUUUCCGAUGGCUGCUCUUCGAAUGCUCUCUGAAAUCGGCCAUUUGGAACAAAAAUUAUAGCAAUUCGUUGCUAAGACAAACGUGCGAUUGCUAUUAUCAGACAUGGUUGAUGUUUUACUUAUUUAUUAACGCAUAAAAUUAUAUUUCAAUUUUCAUUUCAGUAUACUUCGACAGUAUUUUGACAUCAUAGCUGAAGAAAAGGGGUUAUCAUUAAGACAAGACACUUUGACAAACAGGGGACAGUUCACUCUUUGCAUGAAAAUACCAUAAGCAAUAAAACGUCCCUCCUUAUUUCUAUUCGAUGUAUUACGUCCACAUACCAUGAAAUAAUACAAAAAAAAGGAAUCAAAUUAUUUCUUGCAAAACAUGCGAUCACAAUUUAACACUCAGAGAGACGACGACUUCCCAUUAUUCUCUCACAUAAAAUGAUGCCGCUAUUGUUUAUUAUAAAUAUCGCAGCUAAGUGUUACUUUAAACCAUUGGUGGUCAUCAUGAGCGUGUUUUUUAGGCGUUUCGGAAUGACGGCAUCGUUAUGACUGCUUAAAUUACGCGUAGAUUUAAAUCUAUGAACGCGUUCACGACAAUAGAGAAGGAAUGCACAUGUUGCAAAAAAAGUAACUAAAUACCGUUACGUGUUACUCACUCAAAAAGUAGCUAAAUGCGUUACUCGUUACCAAUUCUCAAAAGCAGCGCGUUACUCUACGUCAAACGUGAGAAGUUACUAUUAUCGUUACUUUCACGACCAAGUACGCGACUGCUUUUGUUUCGUGGUUUUUUCGUUUUCUUACCAGAAGUCGUUGCAGUUAAGCAGUAGCUGCCUCUCGAAGUAUUGUGUCUUCCCGCGAUGGCAACCUCCAGGUUUACAUUCGGUGUGUACACAAUUGUAGAUGGUCCAACCAACGAACCCGAUUGUGUUCUCUGGGUGAAGGACAUUCUCAGCUGCAGAGUCCGGCCAACGAGUUCAGCCAUAAACGCUGGUACACUGUCAUGCUGUUGAGUUGUUUCUCGGGUUGCCCAUCUGCCUCUGUCGCAAUAGACGCUUACUCAGGUUAGAAUUAAAAUGAGGCCGUUUAAACGUUGGUGAACACGUUACUUUUCAAAAGUAACGAAAUAGCGUUACUCGCUACUUGGCCUUAGAGGUAAAUAAGUACGUUACUCGUUCCUUCUCUGAAAAAAAGUUACUGAAGAAGUAACUCGUUACCAGUAACGCGUUACGUAGAUGUCUGCAAUUCCGCUCUUAAAUACGUUCAAUGGAGGUUUCAUGGGUUUAGUCUUCCCGUGUUUGUUUACGGGAGUUUAAUUUUAGAACUAUUUUUAUAUACGGUGCCACAGCUAAGUGUUUUGUUGGCAGCUGUUUUUAUUAAACAACUUCAUUUUAAUACAUUAUGCUAGUUGUUUUUAAACUUAUUAAAAUUAUUUUAUCCGUCAAUUUAAAUUUAUAUUUCGAAAUUAUUAUUUUUAUUUGUUAAUUGUAUUUGCCUUCCCAAUGCAAUACAUGACGCAAAAAGUGCCUCCACGUAGCACCAAAGCAUUAUAAACAGCGUUUAUGAAGGAUUUUGGUCUUUACGACAAUUUGUUAAAAUUUAUUUUGUGGCUCUUAUUUCCAACUGGAUCUGGCUCUAUGAGGUGGCUUUCACUUUAGAGCAAAAUUAUCUCUAAGGUAAUCGAAAGGCACAGUGCAUGCAAUGUAAGUAGAGUUUCGUGUUUUCGAUUUUUUUUUAGGUUAGGUUUGCCCCCCCCCCCCCCCCUGCGCAAUACAAAAAUAAUAAAGUUUCAGGUUUUUUUCGGUGUCAAGUUGCAGUGUCAGACGCAAAAUCGGUUUUUUUUUAUGAUUAAGUUGAAGGAGUCAGGUUAUGUGUCACAAGGUUGUCCAAUUUAAAGCGAACACGCCCGUGAACCAAAUAUCUAAAAAAUGCUGAUAAAAACGGAACCGAGAGAAGAGGCGUUUUUCUAGAAUAAUAACGCAACCUCAGGGAUAGUUUAAUUGGGACUCUGGUCUCAGUAAAUGCAAUAUAAAGCUCUAGAUAUACAUCUUCUCCCGGGAGGCUUGACGCUUGUUUUAUUCAAAGACACAAAAAUUAAAAGAAAAACCCGUUCGGUAUUGUUUCCGGUUUUCCCGGAUAUUCAAAAGACCAGCUCAGAGAUUACCUUUCGGAGUUUUCUACUGAAUCAAAAGCAAGAAACCUUAAAUACAGAAUAAGCAAAUGAGAUUGAUUAGUUUGGGGACGUGAGGACCACCUAAAAAAAGAUUCCUAAGGCUCCAAUUUCGAAAUUCAAAAUUCAAAUUGAAAAUGGGUUUUAUUUUCAUCAUCAACAGUGCGGAUUUACUGAACAAACCAUCUGCGCCCUUAGCUAGUUUGGCUAGCUUGGGCCCAUUUUUAUUAAUGCAUUAAAACAGUGAGUGUUAAAAAUGCAAAGACAUAAAACAAAAUAACCGAUGUAGACACAGAAGCUACCACAUAUUAGCAAACAACGUCACUAAUGCAAUGAUAAUUAUUCCGACAUGCUGUCAAAACAAGCAAACAAUAGUCUAUUUAUUAGGUGUGCGGCUUAAGAGAAACGGGGUCGCAUCCUUUCGAAAAAAUAUGUGGUGUUUUAGUGAAUUUUUAAAAUUGUUAGAUUAUGUUACUAUUCCAGAUUUUAGUUCCGCACAAAAAUAUCAGUCAAUCACCGUAUACAUUAUAACACCUCGGCAGAUUGAAGUGACCGGAUGUGUUGGAUUUGUUUAGUCGAGCACUCCGAUUUAAGAUACUAGCUGGAAGUGGAUUGUUUGACUUUAGUAUAUUAACCAUUAUGCAAGCAAUUUUAUGGUUUUUAUAUCAUGACGUGAAAAAAUGCGGAGUCUAUCAAAAAGGGUACGAGAUUGUUGGAAGUAAGGAAAGUAUGUUAACAUUCUAGCACCUCGCUUUUGUUGGUCAAGUACUGGCAGAAGGUAACAGUUAUACGUAAAUAUACGGGUGUUCCCAAUGCAGAUGGCACCCCCGCACCCCUCCCCGCCUUCUGAAUAAUGUCGACCAGAAUUUUUGGCCUUUAUUUGUGCGAGAUGAUGUAUGGCCUGUUUCUCGCGUGCUUACGCCAGACGCUUAUACCCUCACACCCGGUGACAGGUUAAGAGCGAAGUGGAAGCUCAUCUCACCUCUUUCCACUUUAGCAGAGUGAACGCUGGAGAGGAGGUCUUCUCAUCUCGAACGCUCGUUUCAAAAAGUGUGGAAAGAAGUGACAGAAGCUUCAACCUUACUUUUAACGUGUCAACGACUAUAGAUAGUGACCGGCCAAGUACCUGAUAAUGAAGCCAUGAACCCACCAGAUGACUGGCAGAUUCAUGCCAAACAUGGCCUUUACGUGUGCUCUCCUAACAGCCAACCAAAUCUAUAAAGUCGGCAGGGUAGUCGUGUUUCACCCUCAGUCAGCAAAUGUUUUAUGGGUAUAAUGUCUGACAUCGGAGAUAAGAAAGCACUUAGCUGCGCUAAUUGUAGUCGUUGCGUUAGCAAACUGACUAAGACAGUCCCAGAAAGAGGAAGUACUUGAAUGGCUUAAAAGGACCGUAGCGUCAGCGAGAGGCGGCGUUGGAAAAGAAAUACAAUAGAAAUAGGGAUGGGACAAGGGAGCCUUCGAGAAUGAUAAUAUAUCUAUGGAAGAGCGUCGUGACCAAGCUGAUUUGUAAAAAUAACCCGGUUGUAGAAUUCUUACCAGGUAGUCCACUCCACUCAAAUUUAUUUCAUUUCCUUGGCACGCCGUAGAAUGUCAGGUCACAUUAAAUACAAUUUUAUAGUGGUCAAACACCAUGCGUGUAUUGAAAGGCAACACUUAAUGCUCUGUUAAAGUUUCGAUAAGUUUGUUUUUCCACCAGACAUUACUUCCUUGAGACCUUAACUUGAAAAACGACAUCAUUACAUCUGUUUCUGACUAAACUAAUUAUGUCUGAAAAACAGUUAGGGCGCAGGCGAGCUGGUGUAAGUUUACCAUUUUUUUAGACCACCUGAGACUGGGUGGAAGCAACACGACGACGUCUCAACGUCGUCGUGUUGCUUCCACCCAGUCUCAGGUGGUCUAAAAAAAUGGUAAUUAUGUCUAUCGUCACUGGCAACUAAACAAACGCAGGGCGUGGACAUUUAAGAUUCCGCUUCUUGCUUCGUGAUGUGUUCUUUGGCCUGGUUAUCGGCUGAUACCGUAAGCAGAUUGCCUGCGAAGCGAUAAUGAGAUGCUAGCUGCGCUUUGAGAUUUUGAAGCUCUCGGGGCAAUAACCUCCCCUUGACACGCGAGUGUUUCUCCUUAGACGUUCCUACUUCCAGGGUCCACAAUAUUUGGGGAAAGGGGGGGGGGGGGGGGGGGCAGGGGAGGUUUUGACGAAAUUGAAUUUUAUAAUGAAAAAAAAAAAAAAAAGCACUAAACUUUCGCUUGAAUUGCUGUCAGGUUUUUUUUUUUUUUGUUUGUUUUUUUGUUUUGUACGCAAGGAACACUUUCAAAGAUCUGGUGGACCCAAUGAAUGGCUACUAAGAGUUACACUCAAGAAAUCUACGAACCCACACCGUGAAUGGGUGUAUUGUAUAAUAACGUUGCGGCUGGUGUCACGAUAUUGUCUUCCAAGUAAUACAGUAUUUCUUGUUUUGGGCACGGUUAAAACUGCUUAAGAGUACGCAUUUCUACAAAACAACCAUUUUCGAAUUAGUUUGCAUCACAACUUUCAUAUUGCAUUACAUCCAAAUCUUGUAAUCCCAACUUUCUGCGAGUGUUGUAUUACUGUCUUUUUAUGUUGCGUCACAUUUUGCCUCAAUUUGAGCCUCAAUAAUUAGCUCACAUUUUGCCUGGUUAACACAUAAAAUCAAAAAGUGUUUUUGUACUUCGUUUUUACACAGUGUCUUUUUGAGCAUAGUGUACCUGGUGCUCUGAAAGAUUUAGCUACCUCCACACAUUGUUUUUUACUUGCUGAUAUGUCCAUUAUAUGCUUCCUGUGUAACAGGUAUUGUAAUUCACUAAUCAACGUACAGGUGUUGCAACGGACCAAAAACGUUCUUGAAAUAAAAUGUUUGUUUGUUAAAGUUC